UCUUUAAUGGUCACUUUAAAAAGGACGCCCGCGGUGCAGCUCACGCUGAUGCACGAGACAUUCCGCGGUGGAGGAAAAGGACGGGGACGGAGGGACUCAGCCCUACACCUCAGCUGGGGUUGAAGUCGCUUCUCCCUCGCGCCCGGCCGCUAAUUUCCAGCUGAAACACCCGCUCGGCUCGGGGGACGCCCUGGGCGCGCGCCCGGGAGCCCGGGGCACUUAGUACAGAGCAGAUUGGAAAGCUGCCUCUGAGACUCUGAAGGUUUUCCUGCUGAUACUCGCUCCUUCCCAGUAACCCUCCAUCCCAAGGGGAGCCCCAGAAAGAACACCAGGGGGGGCUUCCCUGCUGCCACAGAACCACCUCACCCGCCACUCCAGCGCUAAGUCAGAGCUGCCUGAGGAAGACUCCACACACGUUUCCCUCGAGCCGGUCUGCAGGCCCCUCCGGCUGGGACCCUGUCCUGGGAGCUGCCCGUCUGCAAACAGAGAGCCCACAGUGCCUCGGGAAAAAUUGGCUGAAUAAAAGGGCAAUCAGGACGCCACGGCUCCGCCUGAAGCGAUGGCCCAGCCCUACCCCCCGGCCCAGUACCCUCCUCCGCCACAGAACGGCAUCCCUGCCGAGUACGCCCCACCCCCACCGCACCCCACGCCGGACUACUCGGGCCAGACCCCGGUUCCCCCAGAGCAUGGCAUGACCCUGUACACACCAGCACAGACCCACCCGGAGCAGCCAAGCAGUGACACCAGCACACAGGCCAUCACAGGGGCCCAGACGGUGCCGCAGACAGACGAGGCGGCACAGACGGACAGCCAGCCACUCCACCCCUCCGACCCCACAGAGAAGCAGCAGCCCAAGCGGCUACACGUCUCCAACAUCCCCUUCCGGUUCAGGGACCCCGACCUGCGGCAAAUGUUCGGGCAAUUCGGAAAAAUUUUAGACGUGGAGAUCAUUUUUAACGAGCGGGGCUCCAAGUUACGGCAGAGUCUAUGCGGCUGCUGACCCCUACCACCACACCAUCGGCCCCGCGGCGACCUACAGCAUUGGAACCAUGUGAAAGCUUCUGCCGUUUCCUUCUUGGACCAUGAAGGGCAAAAACAAAACAAAAAAAUCACACACAAAAAAAAUCACAAAACAAAAAACAAAAUAAAAAAAAAAAAAAGAUGUUCAGAUCCAAGCAACAAAAACAACAACUAAACCGAGAAGCAUCCACCACGUCCGAGUCCGUGAGCCCGCGAGCCGCCGCACCCACCGCAGCGAGGGAGCAAGUCUGCAGGAAGAUGGGGGGUGGAGAGGUGGGGGGGUGCCUCAUUUUCUACCAAGUCUUCCUUCCGGGCCCCACUCGGGGCAGCGUGGGGCCAGUGGCGAGAGGCUGCAGGCCCGAGCAGGAAGAGCAGCCAGAAGGACUUGACCUUGGCUGCCAACGGUGCCAGCGGAGGGACGGGCGCGGGAGGGGGUCGGCUUCUCAUCCCAGGGCUUCGGCUGUGCCCGGUCACCCCCCCACCCGUGUCUCCCGCUCUGGGCCCCAGCUACCCCUCCUGCCUCGCCGCCAACACCCGUGUCCUGCAAACCUGAGGAGGAGGAGUUGGCAGCGCCGGAGACUGUCCGACCGACCAGCAGCAGCCCUGGGCUCCAAACCCAACACCAAGGGCUGAUGUCUUUCCAGAACUCCGGGGCACCCAGGGCCCCUCCACGUCAGGGGGCUCCAGCUGCCCGGCCAGGGGGUGGGGGCCUGAAGGCUGAGGACUUGGCUCGGACUGGUGGGUUUCUGGUUCCCUUUCUGGAGGAGGCCCUGGGUCUGGCCCAGGGGAGGGAAGGCCAGCCUCACCGCUGCAGCUGAAACAGAGGGACGGGACUGGCCAGUGCCUGGUUUCACAGUGAGGUUGGGGUCACAGUGCUGUGGGUCUGGACGGCACAUCCGAGCAGAGAGAGCGAGGGGGUAGGGGAAGGCCUGGGUGGUCUAUGGCCCUCUCCCCUGCUCCCAGAUCAGGUCCCAGGGUGGCCGCAGACAGUGGGCAGCAGGGAGGAGCCCCUGGCCAGGCAGAGAGAGCUGGAGUCGGGGAAGCAGCAGAAAAGAACAAAAGAUGUAGGCUCCCAACAUGGCUCCACUGUCUCAUGAAACUUAAAAGGUAAAAAAGAAAAAAAAAAUACACCUCACUUUAUAUUCAGCAUCAGCUCCUGAAGCUACUGAGAUGAGUCUCCUUUUCUAUUCCCGGUGUACAUAGCCCCGCCCCGCCUCCGGCUUCGUCCUCUGUACAGGCCCCUCGACCCUCUGCUGUUCUGGGCCCUUUUCUUGCAGCCGCUCAGCCCCACCGCCCCACCCCCCACCGGCCCUGGGCCCUCCCGCCCCCCACCCCCCACCCCCAGGACUGCAGCCAGGCCCCAGGCUUCCUUUCUUAUCAUUCUGUAUGCUUCCAAGGUGUGACCAUUUAAAUCAACCGUAUUAUUAUUAUUAAGAUUAUUAAUAAAGAUUUUUCUUCAAACCA